AAUAUUGACAUAUAAGGGCAAUUAUGCCAUAAUGACCCAAUAUUUUAUCAUCUUUGCCGAGGAAAAAAAAGCGCGGGAAAAUAUCCUUGCUCCUACCUUAACCUGCCGCUCACUGCCUGAACCUGAUAGAUCACUGGAGUUCUGAAAAAAUAGCUUAAUUUGUAUUUGUGAAGACCCUGCUGGCAGAAAAUCCUUGAUCUACUAACUAGCAAUGAUUAGCGAUAGCCGAAGAUGGGACCGCAAAGACUCCCGCAGAGCCAAGAAGCAGAAGCUAAUCCGCAACACUGAAGAAGAACUCGAGGCUAAAUUAGGGUUCGAUCUUUUCUCAGAGGGCGAAAAACGACUUGGAUGGUUGCUGAAUUUUUCUUCCUCAUCUUGGGAGGAUGAAGAUACACACAAAGUCCAUAGUUGUGUAGAUCUUUAUUUUGUGACGCAGGAUGGUUCUAUGUUCAUCAAGUACAGAUUUCAACCUUAUUUCUACGUGGCUACAAAGGAUAAAAUGGAGAUGGAAGUUGAAGCAUAUCUGAGACGGCGUUAUGAACGUCAGAUUGCAGAUAUUGAAAUUAAAGAGAAGGAAGACCUUGAUCUUAAAAAUCAUUUGUCUGGAUUGCAAAAAUCAUAUUUAAAGCUAUGCUUUGACACUGUUCAACAAUUGAUGAAUGUGAAGAGUGAUCUGAUGCAUGUUGUUGAAAGAAAUCAGGCAAAAUCUGAUGCAGCAGAAGCUUACGAAUCCAUAUUAACUGGAAGAAGGGAGCAAAAACCUCAAGAUUUUCUAGAUUAUAUAAUCGAUCUUCGUGAAUAUGAUGUUCCUUAUCAUGUUCGCUUUGCCAUUGAUAAUGACAUUCGAUGUGGCCAAUGGUAUGAUGUUUGUGUGUCCAAUACUGGGGUUACACUUGAGAAGAGGACAGAUCUUCUGCAGCGUGCUGAAGUUCGUAUUUGUGCUUUUGAUAUAGAGACCACAAAACUUCCAUUGAAGUUCCCUGAUGCUGAAUAUGACUUAAUUAUGAUGAUUUCAUACAUGGUAGAUGGGCAAGGGUAUUUGCUCAUAAAUAGAGAGUGUGUUGGGGACAACAUAGAGGAUUUGGAAUACACUCCAAAACCAGAGUUCGAAGGAUGUUUUAAGGUGACAAAUGUUCAAAAUGAGGUUGAACUUCUUAGAUUGUGGUUUUCUCAUAUGCAAGAGGUGAAACCUGGUAUAUAUGUUACAUACAACGGUGAUUUCUUUGAUUGGCCAUUUGUGGAAAGAAGGGCAGCUCAUCAUGGGUUCAAAAUGCGUGAUGAGUUGGGUUUUCAAUGUGACAAUAGUCAAGGGGAAUGUCGAGCUAAAUUUGCCUGCCAUCUAGAUUGUUUUGCUUGGGUUAAACGUGACAGUUAUCUUCCUCAGGGGAGCCAAGGCCUAAAGGCUGUUACAAAAGCAAAGUUGGGUUAUGAUCCCCUAGAGGUGAACCCUGAGGACAUGGUUCGCUUUGCAAAGGAAAAACCUCAGAUGAUGGCCUCUUAUUCCGUUUCUGAUGCUGUGGCAACUUAUUACUUGUAUACAACCUAUGUUCAUCCCUUUAUUUUUUCUCUUGCAACAAUUAUACCCAUGUCACCAGAUGAGGUUUUGCGUAAAGGUAGUGGGACCCUCUGUGAAAUGUUGCUCAUGGUUCAGGCAUACAAGGCUAAUGUGAUCUGCCCUAACAAACACCAGUCUGAUCGAGAGAAAUUUUACAACAAUCACCUUCUUGAGAGUGAGACAUACAUUGGUGGCCAUGUGGAAUGCCUUGAAAGUGGUGUAUUUAGAUCUGAUCUUCCAACUAGUUUUACACUUGAACCUUCAGCAUAUGAGCAAUUGAUCAACAACCUUGAUCGAGACCUGCAAUAUGCUAUAAGAGUAGAGGGUAAGAUGGACUUGGAUUCCAUCUCUAAUUAUGAUGAAGUUAAGAAUGCUAUCAUGGAAAAGCUUAUAAAAUUGCGAGACAAGCCAAUAUGUGAAGAAUGCCCCCUCAUUUAUCAUUUGGAUGUAGCUGCUAUGUAUCCAAACAUCAUCUUAACAAACCGGCUUCAGCCACCUUCAAUAGUUACAGAUGAGGUCUGCACUGCAUGUGAUUUCAACCGUCCUGGAAAGACUUGCCUUCGAAAACUUGAGUGGGUUUGGCGUGGAGAAAUUUUCAUGGCAAAGAAAAGUGAUUAUUAUCAUUUAAAGAAGCAGAUUGAGUCUGAGUUUGUUGAAAGUGCUGAUAGGCAGUCAUCUAAAUCAUUUCUUGACUUGCCCAAGCCAGAGCAGCAAUCUAGGCUUAAAGAACGUCUAAAGAAAUACUGCCAGAAGGCAUAUAAACGGGUACUUGAUAAGCCAGUAACUGAACUUCGCGAAGCGGGGAUCUGCAUGCGUGAAAAUCCAUUUUAUGUUGACACUGUUCGCAGUUUUCGGGAUAGAAGAUAUGAAUACAAAGGUCUUAAUAAGGUUUGGAAGGGAAAGUUGUCAGAAGCCAAGGCCAGUGGAAAUUCUAUUAAGAUCCAAGAGGCACAAGACAUGGUUGUGCUUUAUGAUUCAUUGCAACUUGCACACAAGUGCAUACUGAAUUCCUUUUAUGGAUAUGUCAUGCGCAAGGGAGCAAGAUGGUAUUCCAUGGAAAUGGCUGGGGUUGUUACAUAUACUGGUGCAAAAAUCAUUCAGAAUGCUCGCUUGCUUGUAGAGAAAAUAGGAAAGCCACUUGAAUUAGACACGGAUGGUAUUUGGUGUGCACUUCCCGGCUCUUUUCCAGAAAAUUUCACUUUUAAAACAAGAGACACAAAGAGGAAAUUGACUAUUUCAUACCCUUGUGUCAUGCUUAAUGUUGAUGUGGCAAGGAAUAACACAAAUGAUCAGUACCAGACGCUCACUGAUCCAGUUAGGAAAGCUUAUACCACUCACAGCGAAUGCUCUAUUGAAUUUGAAGUUGAUGGACCAUACAAGGCAAUGAUCCUUCCAGCUUCCAAAGAAGAAGGAAUUCUAAUUAAGAAGCGUUAUGCUGUUUUUAAUGAUGAUGGAACUCUAGCAGAGUUGAAAGGUUUUGAGAUCAAGCGGAGAGGUGAACUGAAGCUAAUAAAAGUUUUCCAGGCAGAACUUUUUGACAAGUUUCUUCAUGGGUCAACCAUAGAGGAAUGCUAUUCAGCUGUUGCUACUGUGGCAAACCGGUGGCUUGAUCUUCUUGAUAACCAAGGAAGGGAUAUUGCAGAUAGUGAGUUACUUGAUUAUAUAUCAGAAUCAAGUACCAUGAGCAAGUCUUUAGCUGAUUAUGGUGAGCAGAAGUCUUGUGCUGUUACCACUGCUAGACGGCUUGCUGACUUUCUUGGUGAUGCCAUGGUCAAAGAUAAAGGUCUCCGAUGUCAGUACGUAGUAGCAUGUGAACCUAAGGGAACACCUGUAAGUGAGCGUGCUGUUCCUGUGGCAAUAUUUGAAACUGAUGCUGAAGUAAUGAAGUUCUAUGUCCGAAAAUGGUGCAAGGUCUCAGCUGAUGUUGGCAUUCGAUCCAUAGUUGAUUGGUCCUAUUAUAGGCAACGGCUGAGCUCUGCAAUUCAAAAAAUUAUCACCAUUCCUGCGGCAAUGCAGAAGGUUGCAAAUCCUGUCCCAAGGGUGGUUCAUCCUGAUUGGUUGCAUAAGAAGGUUCGGGAGAAGCAGGACAAAUUUCGCCAACGAAAAUUGGUUGAUGUCUUUUAUUGUAUGAACAGGGAUGAACUCUCUAAAAAGCAAAGUAAUUCUGGUAGUGUCUGCCAUGUUAUGGAUGGAGAAGCUAUUAAUGACUUGGAGGAUUUUGGUAACAAGACCAGGAAUAAUAUUAGCGGACCUAGACCAAUUAUGCGGCAUUAUGAAGCUAAUAAUGAACAGCACUCGGUGAAGCCUUAUGGCAUAGAAGAUUCUGAGCAAAAAUGUAAUGAUCAUGGUAGUGAGCAUCAGCUACCAGCACAGUUAGAACCCAAUGGAUUGUCAUCUGAAAAUGUUGACAAAACAGCAGAUUAUCAAGGAUGGCUCCAGACGAAGAAGAGAAAGUGGAAAAAUAUAAUAGCUAAAAGAAAGAAGCAAAGAUUGGAGAAUUCAAAGAAAUCAGACUGUGCUGAUGGCACUCUUGAAAGACUGAGAAAUAAGAUAGAUCAUAAAGCUACAGGAAGAAGUAAUGUUGAUUCAUAUUUCAAAAGGCAGGAGGUAGUACUGACGCGUUCCCAUUGGCAGAUAAUACAGCUAAUUCACAGUUCACAGAUGGGUCAAUUUUUUGCUUGGGUUGUUGUCGAUGGGGUUAUGCUAAAGAUUCCAGUUUCACUUCCUAGGGUCUUUUACCUCAAUUCUAGGUCACCAAUUACUGAGCAGUUUAUGGGUAAACGUGUCAAUAAGGCUCUUCCACAUGGAAGGCAUAGCUAUAACCUGUAUGAGGUUACAAUUAAUGAAGUUCAAUUUAAAGAAACGAGCAGAAAGCUUGCAGCUCUUCUGGCAGAUCCUGACAUUGAGGGAAUAUAUGAAACAAAAGUGCCACUAGAGUUUAAUGCCAUAGUCCAGCUUGGCUGUGUAUGCAAGGUGGACAAAACUGCUAAAAAGCGUAAUCUUCAGGAAUCAUGGAAUCUGAGUGAAUUGCACAUGAAGACCACUACAGAAUGCUCUUAUCUUGAACAAUCCAUAUCCUUCUUUUACUUGUAUCAUAGCAUGUCUGAGGGGCGGGCUAUAUACGUUGGAUAUUUUCCUGCAUCAAAAGCAAUAUCUGUUGUGGUAGUUAAUCCGUACCAAAACAAAGACUUAUCUCCGGUAUUUCUUGAAAGACAAUUCCGUGAUGCUUGUGAAGCUUUGUCUACUGAGGCGCCUCCCAAAAAUGGUAUCAGAUUUAAGGUGGACUAUGUUUUGCAUGUCAAGGAUGCUGAAACGAUGAUGCAAAGAUUGAUAAAUGAUCAAAGGAAUGAGCAUCAUGGGCCUAUGGUUGCUGUCAUUGAAUGUCCAAAUCCCCAGCUAAUGAAAUUGGCUAUCCGAGCUCUAGAUGAUUUUCCAUGCCUGAACAUCCCUUCUAAUGCACGUGAUAGUCAGUACCAGAUUCUUGGAUGGCAACAAGUUGCUGCAAAAACUGGAAUACAUCGCUGCGCUGCUUCAGUCCAGUGGCUCAAUGAGAGAAUUUCUCUCUCAAGAUAUGCUCAUGUACCGUUAGGGAAUUUUGAACUUGACUGGCUCAUAUUUACAGCAGACGUCUUCUUUUCCAGAGCAUUGAGGGAUAAUCAACAGGUACUUUGGAUAUCCGAUGAUGGGCUUCCUGAUUUAGGCGGAGUUAAUGAAGAAGAGACAUGUUUUGCUGAUGAGGUCCCCCAACCUGUUCUUACCUACCCUGGAGCUUACAGAAAAGUUACAGUAGAGCUAAAGAUUCACCACCUGGCCGUAGAUGCUCUUCUGAAAAGCAACCAAGUCAAUGAGUUUGAAGGAGGUGCUUUGUUAGGAUUUGAUCAUGAAAUAAACUCUGGACCGUUUGCCAUAAAUGAUCAGAAUGGCAUUGAUGAGGCUACCUCAUGUGCACGUGCUUUUCGAGUCUUAAAGCAGUUAAUCCAACGGUGCGUUGCAGAUGCAGUUACAUCUGGAAAUGUAUAUGCUGAUGCAAUACUACAGCAUCUAUAUCGAUGGCUAUGCAGUCCUCAAUCAAAACUUCACGACCCAGCUCUUCACCAAUUACUCCACAAGGUCAUGCAGAAGGUUUUUGCAUUGCUGUUGGCGGAGCUCCGUAAAUUGGGUGCAUCAAUUGUUUUUGCAAACUUUUCAAAAAUAAUUGUAGACACGGGAAAAUAUGAUCUGUCUGCAGCCAAAGCUUACUGUGAUAGCUUGUUACGAACUCUACAAUCUAGAGAUUUAUUUGAGUGGAUUGAACUUGAACCACUUCAGUUCUGGAGCUCAUUGCUAUUCAUGGAUCAGUAUAACUAUGGUGGAAUUCCAGCAAAAUCUGAUGAGGCUAUAAAUGACGAAUAUCGAGUUGACAUUAUAUCGAGUUGGAACAUUGCCGAAUACUUACCAAAGAAAAUCCAGGACCAUUUUGUUUGCAUUGUUUCUGAAUUCAUGUACAUUCCCUGGAAGUAUAUGGCUUCAUCACAAAAUGGCGACUCCUGCACCCCAUCAAUCACUGCUGGGCCUGCAGAGAAAUUCGAAUCACUUGUGACAGAAUAUAUUAAAGGGCAGAUCAGCUCUAACUUCACAGACAAACUUCUGGGAAUUGUUCGCGAUAUUAUGCAUCAUAUGAAGGAGAUAAGACUAGGAAAAGACCAGAAUGCAUCGUCUGGCAACCCUCAACUUGCAGCUGAUUUCCACAAAGGGGAUGCAGCCUUGGAAUUUAUCAAGCAUGUCUGUGCCGUCCUGGCCCUGGACCAGAGCGUGCAGCAUGAUGUUCUGGUCAUGAGAAAGAAUUUGUUGAGAUUUGUUCGUGUCAGGGAGUUCGCACCAGAAGCUGAGUUUCGUGAUCUGAGUCAUUCGUUCAUAUUACCCAAUGUCAUCUGCAGCUAUUGCAAUGAUUGCAGAGACUUGGAUUUGUGCCGUGACUCAGCUUUACUGAGUCAGGAGUGGCAUUGCGGCGUGCCGCAGUGUGGGCAGCCAUACGAUCGUGAAGUGAUGGAAAAUGCACUUCUCCAGAUUGUACGGCAGAGAGAACGACUAUACCACUUGCAAGAUCUGGUGUGUGUUAGAUGUCACCAGGUGAAAGCUGCUCAUUUAGCUGAGCAGUGUGCUUGCGCAGGGUCAUACAUGUGCAAGGAAGAUAGAGCUGAAUUCCGUAAAAAGAUGCAAAUUUUCUACAACAUCGCUGCUCGCCAAAAAUUCCAACUCCUUAAAGAAUGCACCUCAUGGAUUCUAGAAUUGAGAUAGGUCUUGGUCCUAACAUUUAAUUGCCCAGGGUCACUGCAGGGAUCGUAAAAGAAAUUCCUGGGCAUUAACAUGCGUCAAAUUGCCUUGCAGAGGAGAGGAAAACAUGAGUCAAAAUUCAAACGGGUGCUUGGUUGGCCUACUUAAUAUGUAUAUAAAUUAUUUAUACAUAUACUCUUUUACUCGGCUAGCCAUUGAGGUAUAGAAAAUAUGUAUAUAAAUUAUUUAUACAGAUUAAUGUGUUGUGGCAUUCCGAAAACUAUCCUUUCUCUAAUAAGGUGGAAAGGAGGCAGAAUGACAAAUAAAUCUCCUUAAAAUGAACAAAUGGCAAAAUAAUACCACGAAAUAAGGUAAUUAUUUUGAAAAUUUCUAGGGACUCAUAAAUUUGCUGCAAAAUUGUAAUUUUCUGACUAAAAAUAAUAAA